GCGCAGUGGGCCUGGUGAUUUGCAGCCGUCAGUGCGGGUAGCCUGGAGUCUCUGGUAACGGAGGAGCCUGGGGGGAGAUAUAGCCAAAUAUCGCAUGGCCACCACUGUCCUCGGUGUGGGCAUCGGAGUGAUUGUGAUCGCUGUUAUUUGGGUGGUGACUCUUCUGGUCUGCGUCCUUCUGACUCGAGCCUCUGGAGCAGCACGGUUAUCAAGCAUCGCGUUGUUCUUCCUGGCUGUGAUCAUCACUCUCAUUCUGGUAUUUUUUCCACGAGCAAGCGAAACUCCCUCCCCAGAAAAGGAAGUUCAGAUUGUAGACACCUUCUUCAUCGGCCGCUAUGUCCUCCUAUCCGUCAUCAGCGUCGUCUUCCUUGGAAGCUUCUUCAUGGCUCUCGUCUAUUGCCUCCUGGAACCGGUCUAUGCCAAACCUCUGCGGGUCCGGUAACAUCUUGGAAAUUCAGCAUCUUGCAUGAUGGCGGUAUUUUUACAUAGGAGUCUGCUUCAGUUAUUUAUCUGUAAAUCAUUUG